CCUUUUGUUUACAGAAUUUUGCAAAUUUUCUACCGAAGAAAAUAUUGUUAAAUUAAGUUUUUAAAGUGAUUUAGAGUGAAGUAAGGCUGUAAAAUGGACGCAGAAAUAGCCAAAAAGACUUGGGAGUUGGAGAAUAACAUUGAAACAUUGCCUGCAUCGGAUGAAAUCUUUAAAUAUGAUGGUGCAAUGCAAUCGAAGAUAAUCAAUUCGAGACCAUGGGAAAAAGAUCCACAUUAUUUUAAAACCGUCAAGAUUUCAGCAUUAGCUCUUCUAAAAAUGGUAAUGCAUGCUCGAUCAGGCGGUUCUAUUGAAAUUAUGGGAUUAUUGCUUGGUAAAGUUGAAGGAAAUAACAUGAUUAUUAUGGAUGCAUUCGCAUUGCCUGUUGAAGGAACUGAAACUCGAGUUAAUGCACAAUCACAAGCUUAUGAGUACAUGACUCAAUACAUAGAAUCUGCUAAGGAAGUUGGAAGAUUAGAAAAUGCUAUUGGAUGGUAUCACUCACAUCCAGGCUAUGGAUGUUGGCUGUCUGGAAUUGAUGUCUCAACUCAAAUGUUGAAUCAAAAUUAUCAAGAACCAUUUGUAGCUAUUGUUUUAGAUCCAGUAAGAACUGUCUCGUCUGGAAAAGUCAAUAUUGGAGCUUUUCGUACCUUUCCAAAAGGAUAUAAACCACCAAAUGAAGAACCAUCUGAAUAUCAAACAAUUCCAUUAAAUAAGAUUGAAGAUUUUGGUGUUCAUUGCAAACAAUACUAUCAACUUGAUAUCACUUACUUCAAAUCAUCUAUGGAUCGAAAGCUUCUCGAUUCUUUAUGGAAUAAAUACUGGGUUAAUACUUUAGGUAGCAGUGGAUUAUUAAGUAAUGCUGAGUAUACAACUGGUCAAAUAUUUGAUUUAUCUGAGAAAUUAGAACAAAGUGAAUCUAGCUUGAAUCGUGGAUACUUUCCAGCUGCUGACGGUGGAGAUAAGAGAACAGAAGAUAAGUUAACUAAAGCAACUCGUGAUUGCUGCCGUACUUCUAUUGAACUGAUUCAUGGAUUAAUGACACAAAUUGCUAAAGACAAGCUCUUUAAUUCUGUUGGUCAAAAUAAAUAAGUUUUUUUUGUAAUGUUCACUGUAUUUUAAUUAAAGCAGAAAUGAAUUUCCUUAAUAAAAAUUACUCG